AUGAUCCCUCCAGUAAAGAAGGAGCUUGCCGCGAUGAAGCCGCCGCAGCUGAGUGACAAUCAGCUCAAUACUGCUCUCGAGAUCACGCAGCAGCCGCCCGAAACCUGGUACAAGGACCAAUACGGCCGCAAGGCGACGUUUGAGCUUAAAGUGAAGCUCUCGGCAAUGCUCUGUGGCAAUUGCGUAGAGCAGCGUGUUCUUACGGUGCAGUUGCUGUACGAGAGCGGGAAGGUGGUGGAGAAGCAGGAAAUCCUGCAUGUCAUGUCGGGUCAAUGUCUGGACAAGAACAGACAAAGCACGCUGGCGAUUCGCAUUGCAGAAGUGUCCAAGAACCAUCUGAACCAGAGGUUUCGAGUGGAGAUUGCAGUGCCGCAAUGUGUGACUGGGUGCGACUACGAUGCUUCAGUAGUGUCAGAUCCGGUGCUGGUGUUGUCGAAGAAGAAGAAGCGGCCAGUGAAGCAGAACGCAGAGACGGAAGUGUCAUCAGCGAAUACUAAAAAAGUAAAACGAGCGCCAACGCAGCACACGCCGAAGCGGAAAAUGUCGAAUACUUCACCUGAGAGCUCGCAGUCUUCGACGACUACGAUAACGAGCAAUGUGGCGGCGGCUAUCGCUGAGAUGGAGGAGUCGAUCCCGCUUCGCGCUGCUGACACGACAGCUCCAUUCACUCCAACGACACCGAAUUUGUGCUUGUGGGCGAACGCAGCGUUUGACUUGCUGUCUAAGCUGCAGUGGCAGCGCAUUCCGACAAGCGCCACGGAGAAACCCGGUGCAAAUCUCGAUGAGAUUUUGGCUCAAGCGUUGUCCAAGGCAUACAAAUGCCCAUCGUGUGGAGAGACGUACGGGAAAAUACCGAAGCACCGAGAUGACUGCGAUCUAAAGCUGCUUCUGGAGCAAGCGCCAUAUUCACUCCAGUGGUCGUCGGACAAGCACACGCAAUGGCCUGACCGACAAAGACCAAUGUACAGUGGCGGCGAGCUUACACCGAAGAAGCAGGCGUCUCCGUCCAAUAACUCGCAUGAACUGUCAAAAUGUGCAACUACUUUACAGGUUCGUCGUUGA